GAAGGACACAAAAUGUUUGCAGUAACAGUUUGUAUCCUGGGAUUGCUCCAUAUGAGCGCUGCCUGCGGCUUGCCAGGUAUCUGUACAGACCUGACUUCUGUUCAGCAGGAGAUCGUGGAUGUACACAACACCCACCGAAGGGCUGUGGAGCCGACUGCCAGCAACAUGCUGAAAAUGCGUUGGAGCGAUGCAGUGGCAGAGUCAGCUCAAGGCUGGAUUGAUCAGUGUAACAUGACACAUGGACCACCGAGCAGCCGCAUGAUUGAGGGAUAUGAAAUGGGUGAAAAUCUCUUCAAGGCCUCUGUGGUUUAUUCAUGGACUGAUGUGAUAAAUGCCUGGCACAGCGAAGUCAACAAUUAUGAAUAUCCCACCGGAUCCACCAACGGUCAGUCGAUUGGACAUUACACACAGGUGGUGUGGUACAGCUCAUAUGAGAUCGGUUGUGCUGUGGCUCAGUGUGGAAGCUUCUACUUCUACGGAUGCCAUUACUACCGCGCAGGGAAUUUCAGAGCAGUCCCGCCGUACUCGCUGGGCGAUCCGUGUGCUGCCUGUCCGGAUGACUGUGAAGACGAUCUGUGCACUAAUCCCUGUCCAUACAUCAACACGUUCACCAAUUGCGAUAAAUUGAAAGAAAUGGCCACUUGUGACAACUCUGUCGUGAGCCAGUGGUGUCCAGCCAGUUGUCAAUGUGAAGACAAAAUCGUCCCUAUUGCGAGGAAAUGAAAUCUUGGCCAUAUCACAUGAAGUACGGCCUUUUUUGGAUAGUUGUAGCACAUCUUUCCUAUAAUGUGAAAUAUAUACUCUAACUUCGUUCUAUUUCUGUUCUUUCUAUGUGGAAUACCUCAAAUAGGCUGAUUAUUAAAAAUCAAGGGUACUGUACUUUAAUAAUAUGAUGGAAAAGGCCAGUCAGCAUUGUUUUGCAGUAUUACCUCAACUUUUUUUCAGUAAAGCUUAUACAAUCACAUAUAAGUAAAGCCAUUUGUGUUUUAUAAGCCUCGUAAAUCCAUAUACUGAAAACAAUAGCUGGAGAAAGCACAACUUAAGACUGUGAAAACAGGAUACGUCUCAAAUGACAGACUGCUGGCAGUAAAAAGUUUGGUCACUAUGUAAUGUAUAGUGUGCUGAAAUGUUCAUGUAAUUAUCUUUCCUGCAACACUGCACCAUAAUCCUG